CACACGUUUUUGCAUGAGCAAUAAUACCAGCAGCAGCCAAUGCAGCAGCAACUGCAUUAACUUGAACGUGUGGUAUUGUCGUCGUAAGUGCAACGACGUCAGCAACAAUAACAGCAACAAGAUAAGCACCCAACGCCCCUUAACACUUUUGCUAAUGACAAUGACUAUAAUGUUGCUAACACAAAUGCCCCAGAGCAGCUCAGCCGCUGUAUUAAGAGAAGAAAAUUCUUCUUCACUGACCAGUUCGGUGGAAGAAUCAGCGUCGGCAUGGGCAGCAGAAGAGGACUUAUUGCCCCAACACUUUCCAGAUUUGCAGCUCGACAGUGGAGUUCGUAAACGUAUUCGUCUACGUAAGCGAGAAAAUAAUAAAUAUUUUCAAAAUGAUUUGGAUGUAAAUUCAACAACUUUGGAAUGGGAGAAUCCAUGCAAUGGCGUUUAUGACCCAACUGAGGAACCACUCAAAAGACAAGCACCAAUGUGUAUUUACUUAAAUCAGCUUCGAGAAAGCGUUCAGAAUAAUUUAUCCCUUAACGAAACAUUGAAGGAAAUUGACAUCAGCGAAGCCUAUAUGUGGAGGAUGCACAGCGCGAGGUACAAGUUUCUGCCGAAAUUAAAGCAAAACUCAGACAUCGUUUUAAAACGUUGGUACCGCAACAUGCAAAACUAUGUGGCCGCCUUUGCCUACCUGGGACGUACGCAAUACAAAUACGAUAAAGUGAAACAUAACCAAAUCAAGGAAACCACAAAGGAGCUGAACGUUCUAUUCCUUAGCGCACAGGAACUGUUAUGUGAAAUUGAGACCACAAUCAAUUCCUCCUAUCCACAAAAGAAAAGCGCCAUGUUGACUUCAGUUAGUCGAGCACAAAUGAAUAAGAGACUAAACUUCCUUACACGAAUCUACGAAAUGCAUGAGAAAAAUGAUCCCAAUGUUGUUGAUCUAUUGUUGACCAAACAUCACUACUUUGAGUAUCUAGAUCAAAUGGUUAAUAUUCUCAGCCGCAUUGGAAGUAAUGAAGAAUGUCAACUACAACAUAAUUCGAAGCGUGCAAAUAAAUUGAAAAUACAUUUACUUUUGGAUAGUGGUAGCGCCAGUUCGAGUGAAAGUGCAAGUGUAAGUACAAUGGCGAAAGAUAGCAUUGAGCAUAUCGGAAAGGAUGGUAAACAUAGAAAAAAUCAAUCCAACAGAAGUGGCAGCAGUGGUAAUAGUAAUAAGAGUGGCAGAAAUAGCAGUGCACAAGGUGGCAAUAGACGUAAGAAGCAUCGUCAUGUGCAAAAACAAAGUGCUUAAAUAUCCAAUCUGCAGUUAAAUAAGUUUUGCCUACUGCAAUUCUUGGAGUUAGGAAAUUACGAAAUAGUAUUACUAAAAUAAGUCAUUUAAUCAAUACAUGCCAUAUUUGAUUCCAUUUAAAAUAAGCAAAAAAGUACGACAGUUCCUAUGUUUAAAAUUAUCGUCUAUUGCAUAUGCACAGAUAUCGACGCCUACAGUUCGGUUCCAAGCGCGGUCAGAUCUGCGUUUUAGAGCCACUCGUUGAGUUCGACUAACACGUGGCAUUCAUCAGUCCCAAAAGGGACUAUACCAGCAGAUCUCUCAGGGUUAUCGCAAUAACAACAUCAACAACAACGCCUACUAUUCAUGAAGGAGUUGAAGGAGUGAUAAUAAACGUUAACCAUAGACUAAUUAACUUAAUUAAAAUUUAAUAUU